UUAAACACUACAAUAAUUGAUGUGCAAUCGAUACGUAUUUGCACUAUGCUGUGUUUUGCCUUCUUGUGUUCGCGGUGACGUAGCAGGGUUUAAAUUGUACCGAAAAUAUACUUGCUUGGGUGCCGGUUAUCACGAGUGUGCUCCAGGCGGCGAGGUCGUGCUUGUUCUCGGGUCAACCCGGUCAUUCAUGUUACAGAGGCCCGCGGGGGAAAGACGUGCCGAACGAAAGUCGUGUUCCGAUCGCAAGGCCAAGUGCAAGAUGGAAACACGAAGCUACAGAGUAAACAGUGCUGCGCCUCGUGAGGACGAGUCAUAACAUUAACAAGAUCGUUCGUGCACUGUGCUUGGAAUUGGACAGAAGCUUCGCGCCGGGCACCGUGAUUAAGGCAACAAUACCAGGGAUUUCUUCCGCCUAAGGACAUUGUGGUGCUGAAUGGAGGAGCAAUUCAUUUGAACAGCAGCGGGAAAAGCUGAUUAUGAACUUAAUAUUAUAUGCACAGGACCUACGCAACGUUGAAAUAUGUGCUUGCAGUGCAGUGCCAUACAGGAUGAGCAGCAAUACCACAGCUCCAAGUAAUGUAGAUUAUGACAGCGACCUGCGAGGACAGGGAUGGAAGAGAAAUGGCUGUCAGCAUGGUAUUUUAUAUAAGCUACGUGGACGUAUCCGAUGAGGGUGGCCUAUCAAGCCCGCAGUGCUAGCAGAAAUUUUUUUCUUCGGGUGUACUAGCAGCAUGCAGGACAAAUAUGUCGCGAUGCGUCAGCAAACACAUCGUGCCCCUCACAGCUGCAAGGCGAACGAGAGGCUCGGCGAAAAAGAGUCGGAGGAAGCAAGUGCGAGAGGAGGGGUUGCCAAGGAAAAGAGGAACCCCGACCCGUUGCCUAGGAUACGAGUGGAGGAAUGUGGCCUCACUGUAGACAUGAGGAAGAGGCGAGAUGGACAGAGCAGACCAAGCAAGGACAGAGAUCAGUUGGAUGGUAAGACUUCAAAGACUACUUCACCGUUCAGAGCUGGUGCCAAUAGUGAAAAAAACCAAGCCGAAGGGCCCACAGCUUGUCUCCGAGAGCGGCGGUUUGCGGAGGGGAAGGAUGGCCCGAACGGGCAGACAGUGGUUUCGGAGAGGAGGUUCUCCACGGAGUUUGUGGAUUCGCUUCGAAUUGGCAAAGCUGACGGUCACGCUCUGACGCGGGGCCAAGCGCUCCCCGGCCCGAUUGAGCCCCGGCCCGUCCCACGGAUGCGCUACUCCAAAGGAGCGCCCCUGAGCCGCAGCAUCGGUGACGCCGUCGACACUUUCCAGAGCCGGCGUGCCGUCAGCAUAGGGGCUGUCUCCUCCAGGGAACGGGUCGUCAUACGGCGCCUCGCCGCCAAGAGGUCCGAGACCGUGAGUGCCAGCCAAGACUUGAUGUCCUUAUCCACGGACCGCGGUCGACGGAGUAGCGAGCGACUCCAGCAGCGCACCUCGCUGAGGGACAGACGAUGCCACAGCAUGGAGGACACCCGCUCACGACUCGGAAUGGUCAGCAGGAAAUACAAACGCGGUGGAUCAACUCACUGGGAUGACUUUGACUUCCACCUCACCUACGUGAGCCCGCACGACAUGGCCCGAGAACUGCGCUCCAGGUCUGGGGUUGACGACUUCGUCGGGGACAUCUUGGAUAAGACAAGGCGAAGCACACCCGGUGAAAGAGGGGGGUCCAGCGGAACGUCUGACGGCUCUAGCGUGGUGCACAGCGUGGACUGCCCAAUGUGCCACCUGUAUGAACCGUCCAGGUUCGGACACGUUUGCCCCCCAAACACACCUCUCAAACAACUCGAUAGAAACGACGAGGUGCCAUGACUAUCGCGACAUACUUCCUGCUGGCCUUAAAACUGAGUUGCCUGAUGAAGUUGAAGGCACGAAUGCCGAGGAAAACGUGUGCCAACUGUGUUGCAUAAAACCUGAUUAUUUUUGUCAUUUGAAUGAUGACAGAUCAAAGUCUUCCAUAUUUAUUUGUGACACGUUAACUCAUAGAAAUAUCGUUGUCAUCUGUAAAUCAGUCAGAUUUGUUUUAAAGCCAAUCGAACAUGUUAACAGCGCUUUCAGCGCAUGCUCACAACGCAGAACUAAUACAACACGUUUUCUGACGCUUCUGGUUUAUGACCAGAUUUUGGAUUCAAUUUUCUUGUACAAAUGAUCUAAAAGAGGCAGAGUGACAUGAAAUGUUGCAGUGGGGAGAUAUUCAGGACUGAAUGACCUACAAUUUACAUAACCACUGUUACCGCUAGAUUCAUUCUAGUACGAGAUUUCACUUCAUCGACUGGAAAAAUUUCCACUAGCAUUCAUCUCAAAUCGCUCGUUACUUAAAAUUGUAGGUUGUUUUUAAUUCGAUGCGCAGAAAAGGUUCAGUGUGCGGAAAGCGUCCUUUCUGUGCGUUGACCGUUGAAAACACGUGUACUGUUUUCACAUCUGUGUUGUACAAGCAAGGCCUGUGGGAUAUAUCCCUUGCAGAGGGAUUUAGAAAUAUUGAUAAAAUCCUCGUUUAACGUAAUGCCUUUUAUAAACAUGCACUUUGAAGAGAAACACUUUGUUCAUUUUGUGUACAUGGACAUAACUACGUAGCAUCAGUGAGUACGUUUUCAGGCAUUCUGCCUAUCGGGAGAGCCUCCCUUUAGUGUGUGAGAUACUGACAUUUCGCGUAUUUUUCUCCCAGUCUUGCAGUGCUUUGCCCUUUAGCUCCUAUGUACAUGUACAAGUAAACGUUUCAGUAAAUUAUUUCUUCAACACUACCGUAAGUGAUCCCAGUAUUUAACAGCAGUUUUCGUUUGUUUCAGUGAGUUUCAAGUACCUCAGUCAUUUUAAAACGAACGGUUCAACAAGAUAGAAUCCGCCAUUUUGCAGCUUGAUUAUUUGUAUUCCUGAUUUUUUGGUUUGGUAAAUCGACAGGGUGAGUGUGGGUUGGGAAGCUCAUUAAUAGCGCCCUCUGUCGAUUAUUCUUUAGAUGGACGUUGAGUUGUCUUUAUGCCUUGCGUUUUUCUUAGAUAUGCGUUUUGCGCAAGAUUCUCAUUCUCUUCAAGGUAAAUUGCACCAUUUUAAAAUAUGGAAAUAAAAACCUCGUGCUUUUCGGA